AUCAUUACCCAUUUUUUUAUAAUAUUUUCUCUGUGUUUGUUUCCUUGUCUUUUUCUACCAUUACUACUAUACAAGACAUGAAACAUUUUCCAAGAUGUUCCAAAACUUGCACGCAAUCAUGGCGGAAACAGAAGCUCAAACCUACGUCCAACUCUUCUUCCUCUGGCUACUCUCCACCAUCGUGUUUCGCGCCAUACUAUGGUCCGUGAGCCGCCAUCCCCGCCGUCCACCGGGGCCACCCUCUCUCCCGAUCAUCGGCCACCUCCACCUGAUCUCCGCCCUCCCUCACCGGUCAUUCCAGGCACUGGCCACGCGCUACGGGCCCAUCAUGCAGAUCUUCCUGGGGUCUGUUUCGUGCGUUGUGGUUUCGUCCCCGGAACUGGCGAAAGAGUUCCUGAAAACUCACGAGAGUAGCUUCUCGAAUCGUUUCGUAAGUUCGGCGGUUCACCACCUGUCGUACGGAUCUAAAGGCUUCAUCUUCGCGCGCUACGGAAGCUUGUGGAAGUUCAUGAAGAAGAUUUGCAUAUCGGAGCUUCUCGGUUCCCGCACCCUCGACCAGUUCCUCCACGUCAGGGAACAAGAGACUCGAAGGUUUCUCCGUGUGUUGCGGACGAAGGGGGAGGCGCGUGAAGCCGUGGAUGUAGGCGGGGAGUUGUUGAAUCUGACGAACAGUGUGAUAUCGAGAAUGGUGUUGGGACGAACGUGGUGCGAGGGCGAGGUGGCGGAAGUGAGAAAGAUGGUGGAGGACACAGUAGAGCUGGCGGGGAAGUUCAAUGUGGGAGAUUUCGUGUGGGUGUGCAGGUGGUUGGAUUUGCAGAGAAUGAAGAAGAGGGUUGAAGAGAUUGUGGAGAAGUUUGAUGGGAUGAUGGAGAGGGCGAUAAGGGAGCAUAUGGAGGAGAGACAGAGAAGAAACGAGAGAGGAGAUGAAGAGGAAAAUGUUCGGGAUUUGCUUGACAUUCUCUUGUACAUUCAUGAAGAUGAUAGCAGGGAGAUGAAGUUAACCAGAGAGAAUGUAAAGGCUUUUAUCUUGGACAUAUUCAUGGCAGGAACAGAUACAUCGGCUAUAACAAUGGAGUGGGCGCUAGCGGAGUUAAUAAGAAACCCUAAGGUGAUGGAGAAAGCGAGAGAAGAGAUAGAUUCGGUGACAGGAAAUAACAGUAGAGUGAUUGGAGAGUCAGAUAUUGUUAACCUUCCCUACAUGCGAAGCAUAGUGAAAGAAACCCUAAGGUUGCACCCGACAACGCCGAUGAUUGGAAGAGAGUCAUCAGAGAAGAUGAAGGUUUGUGGGUAUGAGAUUCCAGAGAAAACGUGGUUGCUUGUGAACUUGUGGUCGAUAGGAAGAGACCCUAAGGUUUGGGAAGAGCCUAUUGAGUUCAGGCCAGAGAGGUUCAUGGGAGAGGAAAAGGAGUUUGAUUUAAGAGGACAGAAGUUUGAACUGAUGCCAUUUGGGACAGGGAGAAGGGUGUGUCCUGGUGCUUCACUUGCACUUCAGCUUGUGACCUCCAACCUUGCUGCUAUGGUUCAAUGCUUUGAUUGGAAGGUUGAAGGGAGUCUUAGCAUGGAAGAGAAACCAUCCAUGACCCUUCCAAGGGCACAUCCUUUGCUCUGUGUUCCUGUGCCUCGAUUCUCACUUUCCUUCUAGUUUAUGGGGGAUUCACCAAAUGCUAUACUAUAACAAUAAGCCAACUUCCACUUCAAGGUGGUCACAAUUUUAUCAAGCGUCCUGAUAUUUUGACACCAUUAUUUGUACACUGUUUUGACACUGCCACGUGUCGACACGUGAUUGGUUGGCAUUUAAUUUUUGAAAAAACUGAAAUUAUGACGUCACUAAAGGGGUUCAGAUUUGAAAUUUUGUGUUUCGGUUUUACUCUUCAUUUGUUUUCGACCUAAACUUUGUCUUUGUCUUUCAUCUCAUUCCAAUAUUUCGAUUUCUCAAUCUCCAUUGUUUGGAUUUGUCAAUCUCCAUUGUUGUUUGAGGCCAUCGCUGUCGAACCCGUUGGUUGGUGUCUCGUGUCUUUGUUGUGGGCGUCGUUGUUCGUGCUUGGUUUUGGUGUGUGGUUCUCUCAUCCCUUCGUUUCGAAAUGGCCACUUCGUCAACUAAGGUAAGCGUCAUGAUCCCUGGGUUUUUUGUUUUUCUCCCUUUUUUGUUGGGUUUUUGUUUUAGGGUUAUGGGCAUUUGUGGUUGAUGCAGUUAAAGGUUAGGCAUUCAUUUUCCACGAACUUUAUAUCAACUUUGAACAAGAAAUUGACAGAGGAGCAGCGGUCCGAAAGGCACCUCUCCAACAGGCAUGUCCAGUGAUGCACCUGAAUUGAAGACGAAGACUUAUGUCAGGAAGGGUUCACGAACACGGUUCAAGAGCAUAGCUCUUAGAACUCCUUUUACUGGAACAUUGAGAAUAAAACAUACGUGAAUGAAUGUUUAGUAAUUUCAAUUGUUGUUGUUAGAACUCCUUUCGUUGUUGUUCACAGAUGUAAUAUUGUUGACAUAUUUGUUUAGUA